CAUUGCUCCUGGGCAGGGAACAAUGUCCUGUAGGCAUCAUAUGGGAACCUUUGGUUUGAAUACCACUUGUUACUUUGGAUGCAAAGCUGGAUUCACACUCAUGGGAGACAGCUCUCUCAGAUGCAGACCUUCAGGACAAUGGACAGCAGUAAAUCCAGCAUGCAGAGUUGUCAGAUGCUCAGAACUGCCCAUUAAUACGCCAGUAGCGAUGAACUGCUCUGACCCCUGGGGAAAUUUCAGCUAUGGAUCAACCUGUACCUUCUAUUGUCCUGAGGGUCAGUUACUUAAUGGCUCGGCAAGAACAACAUGCCAGAAGAAUGGCCACUGGUCAACUAUCAUGCCAACCUGUCAAGGGGGGGUAUUGACUAUCCGGGAAGCCCUGACUUACUUUGGUGGAGCAGUGGCUUCUACAACAGGUCUGGUAACGGGUGGGAUACUCCUGGCUAUGCUAAGAAAGCGUUGCAGACAAAAAGAUGAUGGGAAAUGUCCCUUGACUUCUCAAAGCCCCCUAGGAACAUAUGGAGUUUUUACAAAUGCUGCAUUUGACCCGAGCCCUUAAGGCCCUGAAAGAAGUUGUGUCAGCAGUAGGAGACAGAGAACUUUUCUGCUCCUGGUCACCUCAUUCAACCUUUACAGGAUCCCAUCUGUGAACAUCAAGCUUCCUGCUAGACUUGACUUUAACUGUGGCACAUUUGCUGCAGUUUUCUGGAAAUACCUGUGAAUGAAGGACAUGAAAUUUCCUUUAGAUUAGCUCUGGACCAGAGCAGAAGGAUUGUACCACAAUCCCAAAUUCUGCACCCACCAGCCCUUCCUGCUCCACCUCGCCUCUUCCUCCAACACAAUCUGCAGAAACCAGAAGCAAAUGUUUCUGCUGUGGUCUGUGGGCUUUGACCUGGCUGUCACUUGAAAUACCAGUUAGCCAAAGAGACUGGAGCAUCUGACUCACCAGAAGACCAGACUGUGGAGAAAUAAAAAUACCUCUUUAUUUUGGGGUUGAAGGAAAUGAUUCUCUACUUUGUUGGAAGGCAGGUGGUAUCUCUAACUUACGGAAAUUCCUGUAGAAUCUUCUAGGGUCUCCAGUGGUUGUUUAUGAGGCCUCCUAGACUUCUACUACAAAGGCUUCCAAAGAGGCCUCUUGAUGGCACCAGAGGCUGCAAAAGACCAAGAAUCAAGACAGGAAGAUGCAUGUCACUGUAAACCUUCCUUCCACCAGUCAUUCUCCCUCAAAGGCCCCAAAGACUGAUAUUCAAAUGUUGAAUAUUAGUAUUAAUUAAAUUAAUGGGAUUCUCCCCAAAUGCUAUGUUCUUCUAUUUGAUGUUUUGUUUAAUAAGAUCUGUGUACAAUGCUUUGUUUACCACCAAUGUAAUGCACAAUUACAAUUGUCCCAACUACAGCUCGACCCUUUAAUCAGCCAGCAAAUGCAUGUCAUACACUCCCUGCCACAAAGGAAAAUCAGAGAAGCAGAAGACUUCUUCACCUUAAGUUCUACAGGAAAGAAAAGAUGUGUUUUACAUGUUCUCUAAAUUCCGUGUUUAAUAAAUAGGUGAUUGAAAGUUACACAAUGUUUAUCUGGAACUGAUACAAAAAAUAGAACCAAAAAAUAUAGUUAUUUUGUCUCUGUGAAUUGUAAUGCAAUAAAUAUGUGAUGUUGACUAAAUACACAUAAGCCAACAUGCAAAUAAAAAUGGUA